GUCUAUCAGCAUUUAAUUUUCAUAUAUCGUUACAACUAUAAUAUCUCUUCUAUAAGCUUUAAUAACUAGUUUAAAUUAAAUAAAAAUGAAAACUAUAAUCUUAGAGCAAAUAUGUUAAACACAUAUAAACUGCCUGGGAUAAUAAAUAUUCAGAAUAUAGCAUUUCAUAUCGAGGUCCUAAAGUGUGGAAUAUCUUUCAAAAAGGAUUCAAAGGUAUAUAUCUGAAUUUGCCACAAUGCUCUUUUGCUGUCUAUUAUACCUUUUCACAUUAUUAAAUAAUAACGUGUAUUGUCAAACAUAUAAUGAAAGCACUCUACAAAUGCCUUUGAUUGAAUCAAGUAUUAUUUCAAUUUCUAAAUUACAACUUGAAACAACAGUCUUGUUUACUGAUUUAAAUUCAACAAAGUUUGAAAAAAAUACUUCUAUGGCAAGUUCUUCUUCAAUUAGCACAUGGUCUUUUAUAUCAAAAGAAUUUCAAAACUUCAGUUAUUCUACUCCAUUAUUAGACAUUUCAACAUUAGAAAUUACAGAUUAUUUAUCUAGUAGUUUAACUUUGCCACAAAUAAGUUUUUCUAGGAAUGAGAUGACCUUAGUUUUACAAAAUAUUGAAUCAUCUUAUUUAUCCAAAGAAGUAUCUUCUGUUUAUAAUGGGAAUAUUUCACAUAACAAUAUUAGUUUUCCAAAUUUAUCAAUGACAACAUCACUAAAAGUGAAUUUAACAGAUUUCACCUCAUCAGUUUCACAGUAUGAAACUUUGACUACAAGUAUUAUUUCAAGUUUUACAAUAAUAGAAGAGUUACCAUUAUUAUCAACGACAAUAACAUACCUUGUGCCAAGUUUUAUUUCUUCAUAUUUAAAUACAAGUGCAAGUUCAUAUUAUAUUAUUUCAACUGAUUCCCUAUCAUUACUUAAGACGCCAAUAUCUGUUGCACCAAAAGAAUCGUCUUUUAUGAUACGUGCUAGCUUAACAAUAAAUGGUAGUAUGAUACUUCCAUUUCAGAGCAUAGAUCAGACAUUGUCUUUAAAUGCACUUUCUGACUCAAGUUUCAAUAUUGAUUCAACUUAUGGGUUAAGUACAAUAUCAAAAAUCAAUGUCAAUAGGACUGAAUUAAUUAUAACACCUAGUAUUGUUUUGUCGCAAAAAACACUAGAUUGGUCUAAUUCAAAAACAGAAAGCAGUCCAAUCUUAAGUUUAUUACUAUCAUCACUUGAGACUGUUCCCACAGUGACAAUCACUCCUGGCUUGUCAUUAUUAUCCUCUUUUAUUACAGAGAAUGCUACCUUAUUUAGCAGUAUGCAAGUUACCAGUGUGAGUCAAACAAUUUCUAUAAAUUCAUUUUCUGCAAAUGACAAUACAACAGAAGUAUAUUUACAGAUUAAUACAAUUAACUCAACUCCAUUAUCAUAUGUCGAUAAUGUUACUCAAAUAUUUGUAACACCUAGCAUGGUUUUGUCACAAGAAAUGUCAACAUUAUCAAAAUCUUUAGUAGAAAAUAGUCCGAUCUCUAGUAUAUAUUCUUCGGUUGAGAGUCUAAGUUUUCCAACAGCAGCAUUGGUUUCUAUUACAUCAUUAUCACCUUUUAUUACAGAUAUUGCUAGUUUGUUUAGUAGUAUAUCAUUUAACAGCGUUAAUCAAACAUCAUCUUUUAUUUCAUUUUCUGUGAGCCACAACAGAAGUAUCACAGAUGUAACUAUAAAUACUAACUCAACUUAUGAAACAAGUUCUAUAUUGAACAUUUAUAAUAGUACUACUGAAUUAAUUUUGACACCAACUAUGUUUUCAUUACAUGAAAUGUCAUCUUCAGAAACUCUUAUAUUGGAAAGCAAUGUAACCUCAAGUAUAAAUUUUGUAUCUUCUCUCAAAGCAACACCAUCUGCUGAUUUUACAAGCAAUGUACGUUAUGAAAGUACAACAAGUUCUUUACAUAGGUAUACAAUGGAUACAUCACAUAGUCAGGUAAAAAUUACUAGCAAAAGUUUUUCAACAGUUUCUACAAUCAAGACAAUUUCUACUGACGAAGUAAUAACCAGCUUAGUGGAUAGCCAAAGUACUUAUUCAAUGUCUUCUUCUGCUGUCUCAAUUUUACAAGAAAUAACUUUAUAUUCAAGUGCUUCUCACAUAAUUAUAAAUAAAAGCUAUGGUAGUUCACCUAACUUAUACAAAUCUUUGAUUAAUGCAGAAAAUUCAACAUUAGUUUCAACAUAUUUUCCUGUUAUGCAUAAUAAACAUAAAAGUGUUAUUACAUCUGCAGAAACUGUUGGUAUAUCUUUAGCAAUCGUUUUUUUAAUCGUCUUAAUGGUUUUGCUUUUUUGUUUAUGCGCAAGAAAAAGAAACCAAAAGAGGCGCUUUCGACUGUAUGAUGACUAUCACAUACCUGGAUUUACUGAACUUGGUGGAACAGUUCACAUGGCGGAAUUAAACAAUGAAGAGAUACAUUACGAAGAAGUUGAUGUUUUGGAUAGAGGAGAAAAUCCACUGUACAAAUUGAAAGUAUCUGAAAAGCCCGGAAAAGAAGGUGAAUAUAAUCGUGCACUAAUAGUCGACUAAAAACUACUAACCGAUAAAUGCUGAUUCCUUCUUACUUUUUUUAAUUCUAUUUUUUGUUAUUUUUUUUUCAUUACUAACAAUAAUUUCAAAAU